AUGCUUCUGAAAUAUGGGGAGGAGGAGGUGUGUUCCGACCGCCUGGACUCGGACUUCCCCGACAUAGACCUCUCCCAGUUGGACCCCAGCGACUUCGACAGCGUCAACUGUCUCAGCGAGCUCCAGUGGUGCAGCGACCAGCAAGCCCAUGCCUCGCCCGCCUCCAUCCACUGCAGCAGCGCCGACCAGCUCUUCCAGGUACUGCCCCCCCCCCCCCCUUCUCCCGGCCUCACCUGGUCUCACCUGGUCCUGCUCCCCUGGUCCUGCUCCCCUGGUCCUGCUCACCUGGUCCUGCUCCCCUGGUCCUGCUCCCCUCUGGGUCUGAAUGGAUAG